AUGGGCCGCUAUGACUGGGCCGUCCGCUUCUUCCCCGAUGGGGGCGAGGGCGGCGCGCUAGUGCUGCUCCUUGAGCUGCUGACCAAGGACGUGGCGAAGGCGUGGUCACCGGUGUUCAAGGCAAAGUUCUAUGGGCCUGAGAUGGAGGAGAAUCUAGGUUGCAUUGCUGUUGAGGAUGUGCGGCCUGCUGUCUUAAAAGCCAUGCUCCAUUUCAUCUACACUGACUCAUUGCCUGAUAUGGAUGCUCUUGGCGAUGUUGAUAAGCAAGAAAUGAUUCGGCAUUUGCUGGUGAUUGCAGAUCAGUAUGAAAUGAAGAGGCUGAAGUUGAUGUGCGAAGACAGCCUCUGCAACAGCCUUAGUGUGGAUUCUGUCUGA